AUGCUCGAGCAUAUUGCAUACCAUUUUCUCGGAGAUGUGUCUUUGGACGAGGAGAGCUUGGCCCAAAUCGUUACCAAGUUGGAAAGCUCGGCUGCACACAAAACUCGAAUGGAAGGUGCAUUGGACAUCAAUGAAUCAUUUGACGUGCAGUUCGUAUCAAGAGACAUCGCUCAUUAUUCCGGGGAAUUUUCUCACUGGAACUUUUCUCAAAAACUACGUCGCAAGAUGAGCGGCCAAAUCGACCAUGUUGAUGCGCAGGUGAAAGAGUAUUGGCGACCAACUCAGCUCCAGUCAUCGCCCCAGACCCUGGUUGACUCGAUGACACAACUGCCGCCAAAGCCGAUUGCUGACUUUCUCAUCGGCAUAUUCUUCAAAUAUGCCGAGAUCAAUUCAUUUUACAUGGAGCGCAGGUGGAUCGAGGAGAAGGCAGAGAUUUGUUAUAACCCACAGACGGUAUACAACGCCAGUGACUUCCCUUGGGUGUGCUCGGUAUUUGCCGUUCUGGCUAUUGGCAUUCAGCUCGCCCACAUGGAGGACAAAGUACCUGAAUCUGACACAGAUCCAACCGAUGAGCUCAGGCUAUGCUCCGAGGACUCGGUUGGUCUAGUAUUCUACCACGUGGCAUGCAGACUCAUACCGGACGUUCUCUUGGUUGCAUCCCAUGAAAGUGUACAGGCAUUUUUGCUUCUUGCAACGUACUCACUCCCUGUUUCCACCGGAGGGCUUGCCUACACAUACUACGGCCUUGCAAUGAAGAUGGCAAUCCAAAACGGUAUGCAUCGCCAAUAUCCCGACGGCGACCGUGAUUCAAAAACAAUUGAGACAAGAAAUCGCCUUUUUUGGACGACGUACUCUAUUGAAAGAUAUAUCAGCAUAAUGCAUGGACGUCCUAUCUCCAUUGCAAAGUCAGAAAUCAAUGCGGAUAUGCCAACAAAUUGUCCCACGUUUACAUCGCCGAGAUUUUCGAACAUGAUGGCAUUCCACACGUUGAUAUCCUACCUAGGGGAAAUUUCGGAAACACUUGCACAGUUCAAGAGGUGCCCAAGAAGACUUCUAUCGGAGUAUUCAGAUCGGCUGUUGCAAUUAAGGGUUCGUAUUAAGCAGUGGUGGGAUACCCUGCCUGCAACCGAAGAGUGCCGUGACCUUUGCUCUCAAGGCCCGUUAUUCCGACAGAACUCGCAUCUGAAACUAUGCUAUCUUCUCAUAUAUGUCUAUAUGGGCCGCCCGUUUAUUUUCAUCGGCGAUAACAAAUUGGAAACUGCGACGAAUGCAAUGCCGAUUGCAGAUCCUGAUGCUUGCAGAUCACGUCGAUCGACAUUGGUCGAAGACUGUGUGGCUAGCGCAUUAGACAUUCUCAACACUCUUCAGUCUCUAUCAGACCAUGUUGGUCUCUGUCGCGCUUCCUAUAAUGAAUUCGGCGCGUGUAGAGCAGCUUUACUCGUGAUCCUUGCUGAAAGCCUCAGCUCCGGAAAAUCACAGAGGCUUCAGGACGGCCUCCGACGCGGGAUGACUCUCAUACGCCAGAUGAUCGGGGGCAGCUCGACUCAGUCUGAGAUUUCAUAUAUUGAGUCGAUCGAGGCAGCAAUCAGUCAAUAUUUAGCCACCCCGGAACGCGAUGUUGUGCCUCAGUCGAACCCGGUUCAAAGUCCUACUUCUGCAUACUCAAAAUUCAAGGACUGGACAAGAGCACUCAAAAAGGAUAAAUCUACAGUUGAGAAUCGAGAUUUGACCUCAUUCAGUCCGCUUUCGCAUCUCACGCCGGGAACAGAAAGCCUUGCAAAUCCCCAGCUCGAUGAUAUCAAUGAUUUCUUCAAUUCUGGGUGGUCAAAUGCAGAUGUCGAAUUUGACACUAAUAUCCUUUCAUUGCUGUCUGAAUAA